AGUAUCAUCCAUUUCCAAUUCGAUUUUCUCUACAAUUCCUCUGAAUUACCCUAAUUUUUCUCUUGAUUUUUCAUUCAAUUCUCUGCCAUGGUUGUUCCUCUCGGACCCGGCAAGUUCUACGGCAGCAGUCUCCCCCGUCCCCGCUACUACACCGACGUCAAGUUCAACGAUGAGCGUGUAGAUCCACCCACGCCGGUCCUCGAUCCGCUUCUCUCAUGGGCGAACGAGGCUCACUGGUCAAUGGGAGGUCUCAGCUUCAAUCGCCUGAGACUUCAGGGUCGAAUCGAAGGCAAUAUCAACAAGCUUCGAAAUGAGCGUGAGAAGAUUGCUAAGAAGAAGAAAGUAGAGACGCCUGAGAGAUCCGACUCAGAUCUCAGAGAUGAUGCCGAUCGCCGGUCGAAAAAGUCGAAAAAGUCGAAAUCAGUAUCACCACCGCCAGUGCCAAUUGCAACGAAGAGACGGCGAUUGAUGCCAUUGUUUGACGCUGAGGAUGAUGAUGUUGGUGAGCACAAGGAAGAAAUUAGGGUUGUGAAGAGGAGAUUGGUGAAGAAGCUGGGAGAUGAUUUCGAUCGAGUCGCGGUGGAGGGGAAGAAGAACCAGUUGAAAGGUUCGAGGGAUCGAAAUUUGGAAGUCAAUGGGAUCGAUGAAUCUGUAAUGAAGAUUGUUGAGGAGAUUAACGAUCAAAGUACAAAGGGGAAGAGUAGUGUUAAAAAACUGGAAAAUGAUUCAAUUUCUGCCAUUAGAACUUCUCCCAGAUUAGCUAAUAAGCGUAGAUCAAAUUGACUUCGGAAUCUUAGUAUAGACUAUUAGUUUCUAAUGCUUUUCUUUUUCAGUUUUUGUUCUUCAAAACUGGGCCAAGAUCUGUAAUGUUGGUUUCUGACUGAAAAUAUGAAAAUGGAAUGUGGAUUCUGCCAUUGUUAA